GCGGAUACCUCUCUGUCCUGCAACCGUGCCUAUCUUCAACGCGCUGCACUGCUUUGGCCCCCAAAGCACCCCACCAAGUUACCAACACAAAUACAUUUGGUGGCUUCUGGGUUUGAUGCUCUUCGGCUGCUGGACGUGGCAGUGAAACUGAUAUUACAGGGAAGGCAGAAUUGCAGGAGAUCAUGGAAAUGGCCGUUAAUUUCAGCCUCCCCUUCUCGAGUUUAAAUUCUAAGGUAAUUAGGCACGAUCAGAAAAUUGGUGGCUCUUUUCCAAGCCUUACUUGCACAAGUGCAAAAUCCUCCAAUCACAUCACAUAUGCUGCUCAAUCAAUUUCCAGAAGGAAAAGUCAUAAGUAUUUUCCUCCAAUUUGUGCUGUAUUAUCAGGCACAGAAGACAUUGGAGUAUCUUCAUCUCAGAUUGACGACUUGCCUGUUACUGUUACUACUUCAGGUGCCAAUGAUGCUGGUGAACUGAAGAUAAACGUAGAGGCAUCUGGUGCUAAAACUCAAGCAAUUUUUGACGAAGUUUUUAAUAAAAUGGUUACUGCAGCCCAACCAAUACCUGGAUUUCGAAGAGUGAAGGGAGGCAAGACACCCAAUAUACCUAGAGACAUUUUACUAGAAGUCCUUGGACCUUCGAAAGUUUAUAAGCAAGUAAUCAAGAAAGUGAUCAAUUCGGCGGUAGCUGAAUAUGUAGAGAAGGAAGGUUUAGAGGUUAGAAAGGACUUGAGAGUGGAGCAAAGCUUUGAAGAUCUUGAAGAUGCUUUCGAAGCAGGUGAAAACUUCCGCUUUGAUGCCGUCAUUUAUCUUCGCAAGUGAACAGAAAUAAUAUGUAUAUUUUCCUUUUCCCUUCUUUUAAUUUUGUACAUCAUUCAUUUGAAUUUCAAACAAAGUUACAUUACCAUAUGCUCAAA